AUGGCCAAGCUUCUCUGGCAUUGGCUCCUCGAGGGGAAGAAGAUAAAGAUGGAAUUCCUCCAGCCAUUUUCGUUCAACUUCCACUUCAACUCCAUCAUCAACACAACCUCGGAAUCCUAUCUAUCACAUUCGCAUCCUACGCCAUCCUAG